AUGCCAAAUGGGAGCCUGGACAAAAUGAUAUUUGGAAACCUAAAGAAGGUGUUUAAAUGGGGUCAGAGGUAUAGAGUCCUCAGGGAUGUUGCUGCGGGGUUGCUAUAUCUUCACGAAGAAUGGGAGCAAUGCGUAGUGCACAGAAACAUCAAGUCCAACAAUAUUUUGUUGGACUUGGAGUUUUACAAAAAGCUGGGAUACAUCGCACUAGAGCUCAUACACACAGGAAAGGUGAACCCCACCACAGAUGUGUUCAUCUCUGGUAUUUUGAUGUUGGAGGUUGCUUGCGGAAGGAGACCUGUAGAUCCCUCUCUCCAACCUGCUUAUGUAGUUCUGGUAGACUGGGUGAGAGAACUUGAUGACAAUGGCAGUCUGAAGGAUGCAGUAGACCCGAAUCUUGGUGGGCAAUACGUUGAAGCUGAGAUGGAGAGAGUGCUCAAAUUGGGGCUACUAUGUUCUAAUCCUCAGCCAGAUAGUAGGCCUGGAACGAGACAAGUUCUGCAAACAUUUGAAGAAGAAGCUCCAAUAGCUGAUUUUGAGGCUUCGUUUCAUUUGGAGAUGAGUAAUACUUGGAGAUCUCCUAAAUGUUACAGUUGUAGCACAGACGCUUCUAUUUCGAUUUCUCUAGAGGGACGAUAA